AUGGAAGUGAAAAUCACAAUUUUACUUGCUGCUUCGUCCUUGUUGCUCACUAGUCCUACUUUUACAGCUACAGUUUUGGGAGCUUCUAGCAAUGUUGCAGAGGAAUUCUCAUAUUACAAGUUGGCACUCCAAUGGCCAAAUUCUGUAUGCAAUAUCGGUGUUCCUUGCUCAAAGAAAGCUGAGAAGAUUAAAACGGACUAUCAAAGAUUUUUAAUACACGGACUGUGGCCUUUCUGGGCAAAUAAUUCUCAGGUAGCUCCUUGUCCGGGAAAGGAAUUGACAAGUAGCCAGGUGAAAGAUAUAAAAAAAUCUCUAGAACAUUAUUGGCCUAACCUUCAUCGCCCAGAGGACUUUAUCUUCUGGACGUUGGAGUGGAACAAGCAUGGUAGAUGCCUUGGUCUAGAGCCAUCCGUGUACUUCAAUGAUGCAAUUGAUCUUAGAAAACGCUUUCGUGAUGAUCUUGGUUUAGGUGGCCAAGGAUGUCGACCGAUCCCCAAUCCAUACAAGCGGAUAACUAUCUAUGAUGCAUUGUUUAAAGCACUUGGCAAAAAACAUGGACAAUUGAAAUGCAACAUGAGAAACGGUGGUUAUCAGCUGCUUGAGGUUUAUAUUUGCUUUGACCGUCAAAAGAAGGUUCGUGAUUGUCCAUUUCAGUACAUCCAAUGCGGUAACGAUGAUCAAGUAUCAGUUCUUUUCCCCACCAGCAAUACUGUGCGCCCAAAUUAA